AAUUAACUCAGAACUCACUCCCUUGUAAGGAAGCAUCUCUAAAGUGUGGUUUUAAGGCUCGGCCAGCGCUACAGAGGUUCCCAUACCAACCUAGGAGGAACUGACAGGCGAAGCACUGAGAGCUACAACGCAGGCGCCAAACCCCUUCUACUGAAAACAGAGAGAGAGAGCGUUUAUUUGCGUCCUAGAGCGUUGUCGUCUCGCGUUACAUUCAGAUACCGUCACGGAGGAGGGGCAGAGCUGUGCGCGGGCAGCUUGAAGCAGAAUGGCCGCUCCACCGGCAGAGGAGGCUGUCUGGCUGCUGGGCCUCUCCCCUGGUAGUCCCGAAAGCAGGGGACAAGAAAGUCCUAGGUCGGAGGAGCUGCCCAUGGUGUUCUUGUGCGCUGGGUGCAGACGGCCGGUGGGAGACACACUCAGCUUGGAGGCCAGCGACAAGGACACCGGCUGCGUCCUGCUGAAGAGUGUUACUCUCAACGUUUCAGUGGAUAAAGAGCAAAGACUUUCAAGACAGCCAGGUGAACAUGGCUGCUUGCUUGAAACCUUGUUUUGCUCCGGGUGCAAAAUGACCCUUGGAAGCAUCUAUAGAUGCACCCCAAGACAUCUUGAUUAUAAAAGAGAUUUAUUUUGUUUAAAUAUUGAUACUCUUGAAAGUUAUACUUUAGGAUCCUCGAAACAGAAAGCUAACAUUAAUGAAGAACUUCUCACUCUUGAAAAUCGAGCUGGUUUAGAAGAGUCAAUAGAGAGGGCAGAAACAAUAUUGAAAGCACUGGAGCAGCGAUUAUCAGCAGUUGAAUCAAGUUAUGUAUCUCUGUAUAAUAUGGGUUGAAAUAUGAACAUUCUUAAUCUACAUUUGUAUACACUUAUUGGCUCUUGGAAAUGUGUUGUAUCAUUACAAAAGAUUUGUUGCUAAAACCUGUCAUAUCCUGAAGAGAAAAAUGUACGGGUUUUUUUUUGGGGGGGGGGGCGGUGCUCAGUUCAAUGAAGUUAGAUUCAUGGGGAUCCUGUUUGUUUCUUCGCAGGUUAUCUUUUACGGUUUUCUAAACAUUUUAAAUAAAGGUCAUAUUGAUACUCUA